UCUCGUGGCCUUGGCAGCUGCCCCAAAUCAGUUCCUCGGACUUGGUUAAGAAUGUUUGCAAAUGUCCAAACACUCCAAUUUUGUUUCUUAAAAUCGAUGUCUUACUCUUAACCGUUGCGUACUUUUUCAAGUCACUCCUGAUCGUCGUGUUUGUGUGAUAUUCUAUGUACGUUUCUUGCAAUUCGAUCCCUUCUGCCUGUUUUAAUUUCAGCUUCUUCCAAGCUGCUAAAAUGGACUUCAAGAAUGAUGAUGAAGAUGAGGGUACUGCAACUUGUAGUAGAUUUGAGAAGCUGAAGAAAUCAGAAGAUCAGCAAGAUUUGUUGAGUGGCUUGCCUGAUGAGAUUUUGCUGCAUAUACUUUCCUUUCUACCGUUAGAGGAUGCUGUAAAGACGGUCCUGAUUCGAAGAUUUGGAAACCUGUGGCGCAGUAUUCGAAUUCUUGAUUUUGAUCAGUGCCUGAACCAUUCCUGCUACAACGGUCCUUAUUGCAAUCAAAAGCUCAUGAACUUGAUCCAUCAAGUAGUGAAAUUCAAUGAGAGCAGAACCCUGGAGAAACUGCGUCUAAAGUUCGCUUUCCACAAGGGUUAUGACAGUAUUCUUGAAGAUCAAUGGCUGAAAAGUACUUCUAAUGAAAUCGAUUCGCUAGUUCGUUUUGCAGCAAGCAAGAAAGUGAAAGUUCUUGAUCUUGAUUUACUGGGGUGUGGUUUCAUUGAGCUCGUUGAAGAUUACUCUGUCCCUGAUGUUGUUUUCAGAAGUGAUCACUUGAUUGAACUAAGGUUGGCCGCUUGCAAUAUCGAAUUGCAGGGAGAGAUUAGUUUGAAAUCGGUCAAGAUCUUGUCCUUGAAGGAUAUUGAGUUGAAUGAUAACAUGAUGGAGAAGAUCUUACUUGGCUGUCCAUCACUUGAAGAUUUAACUCUGAUAGGUUGCUAUGGUUUGACAAAUUUGAAUUGCAGCAACAAUCCGAAUCUAAAGAAGCUGAAUCUUGUUCUGCACUUGGGGAAGACCUUGACAAUCUCUUGGAAUACUGCAUUAUCAGUGGAGAAUUCUAAAUGCUUAGAGGGUGGUGCCAAGCAAUUGAAUCUACCAUCAGCUAUUGAUGCCUCACUCUUCAUUGGCUCAAGAUUCAGGUGGGAGAGAAAGAAGCAUAAUGAGGUUAAAAGGCAACUCCAGAAGUCCAGUUUUUGCAGUACUUGCACACCAUCUUCCUCCCCUUGCAUUUUGGCAUGAAGGAAAAUGACUUGACGAGGAAAGCGAGUGGAAGCAAUGUGCAAGUUACUUUUCAGCACCUCAAGAGUAUAUUCCUACCCCAGUGUUAUGUCACAUCAAAUGGUGAAUUUUCUGCAGCUGUUUUUGGAUCAAAUGGAGUUUUUUUGCCUUCGAGGAGACCUCGCAAGCAACUUAUCAAAAUUAUAGUGAAAUAAUUGAUAUCAAAUGCAGAUCUGCAAGAAUUCUCCUGGAAGUUAAUAUAUUUCCUAGAUGAGCUUA